AUGAAACUUUUGGCAUUUUUUAUUAUGCAAUUAGAAACUUCAAUGUUUUUAUCGUUUAAUGAUAUUUUUAAUAGAAUUACGCCUGAAAACGUUACAUUUCUUAAUGAAAAGAAUCAACACGUAAACCAAGGUUACUUAGGAACAUCAGAUAAUAUAGUUAAUGAAAUGUGGAAAUAUUUCUGUAAAAAUAGGCAGUUCUUAGAAACAAUUACUAAUAUACGUAAACUUAAGCCAGAAGCAUCUUUUAUAUGGCAACGAAGCUACUGGAAAAAAAAUAUUGAAGAUUUAAUUCGUAGAAGAGUUCACAUAAGUCAGAUAUCACCAAUUUUUUUAGAUCUUUGUGAUUCUACGUGGGAAAUUGUUGAGUUUAUUUUAUGUACCGUAGAUUUACGUAAUUGUAAAAUUAAAGUAGUUUUUAAUUGCUUUUUAGAAGAAUUACCUACAUCCUUUGAGCGAGUCAAAUGUAAAUUUGUAUUUCCAGGAAUUACUAAAAAAAAUAAAAUAAUGUUUUUGAAAAAGUGGCACGACUACGUUUACUUUGAAAAAAUUAUACUAAUACAGAAAAAAAAAAUGUUUAAAAAUGCUAAAAUUAAACCAUCAAAAGACGAAAAAAAAAAUAAUUUAUUAUAUAAUCUUUAUAUUUUAGGUAUCUAUCACAGAUUUUCAAUGCUUUUUGCGGUAAUAGCGCACAUUGAUAAGUAUUUUAAUUACAUACCUAUCAAUAAAACUUUUCAAUUUUUUGCAAAAGUGAAGCAUAAAAUUAAAAAAAUCUUUAAUAUUUCUACAAAAGAAGAGAAUUUAGAGCAAGAAAAAGAUGAAUUAGAAACACCUGUUGAAGUACUAGAUGCUUUUAGUGAUUUUAUGAAUUCAAUACGUUUAUUAUCAACACAAGAAAGCUGCGGAAAAGUUGAAAAAAUACAAAAACGUAGAAAAAGUACUGCACGAGAUAAUAAUUCUUAA